AUGGACAAUGAAACCACGGUGACUGAGUUUAUCUUCUCAGGACUCUCCAGUAAUCCACAGAUCCAGAUUUUACUCUUUGCAGUGUUUCUCUUAAUUUAUCUGAUAACUUUGUUUGGGAACGUGACCAUCAUUAUGACCAUCAGAAUGAACCCUCAUCUUCACACUCCCAUGUACAUUUUCCUUUCAUAUCUAGCCUGUCUAGAUCUUGCUUUUUCAUCUGUGACGGUUCCAAAGAUGCUACAGAACCUUCUAGAAGAGAGAAAGGCCAUCUCAGUGAAAAGCUGUAUUACCCAAGUCUUCUUUGGCUUGGGUCUCAUUAUGGGAGAGGGCCUCCUCCUUUCAGUGAUGGCCUAUGAUCGGUUUAUAGCCAUCAGCCAUCCUCUACAUUAUACAGUGAUGAUGAGUAAGCGGGUUAUUGCUCAGCUGCUGUGUUCAGCAUUGACCACCGGCUUUCUGUACUCACUGCUCAAUACCCUUCUGCUGUUGAGGUUGCACUUCUGCGGGCCCAAUGUAAUUCAUCAUUUUUGCUGUGAGCCUCCACAACUGUUCAAGCUGUCUUGCAUUAACCCCUUUGCAAAUCAUAUGGUGAUUUUCAUCCUUGGCUCACUGUUGGGAGCAAUCGCUCUCCUCAUAACAUUUGGCUCCUAUGUUCGCAUCAUCUCUGCUGUCUUAAGAAUCAGCAGUGCGGAAGGGAAGCGCAAGGCCUUCUCCACAUGCUCGUCUCACUUGACUGUUGUCGUUCUGUAUUACGGAACUCUUUUUUUUAGAUACCUGAAACCCACUUCUCAGGACUUUCAGGAGCAGGAGAUGGCACCCUCUGUGAUUUACUUUAUUUUGACUCCCAUGUUAAAUCCCAUCAUCUACAGCCUUCGCAACCAAGAAGUGAAAAAAGGUUUGCAUAAUAUAAUGGUCCGAAAAUGA